ACUUCUUCAAUGCUGAUUAUUAACAAGCUGCAGAAGAUUUUCCCAAAUAUACUUUUGGACACUCGGACAAAAUAUAAGAAAGUGGAUAAUGAAAAAAAAGAAGAGGGUAAAAAGAAAAGUAUGUUGUUUCCUGAUUUGGAGCAAGAUAAAAAUACUGGUAAUAACAAAGACAGAUUAACAAGAACUAAUAUUACUAUAAGACUCCAUUCCAAUGAUAAUUCAAGCCAAACUCAGAUUGAUAUUUACAAUUUAAAAAAUUCAAGAGCGAAUCCUGAGGUGCAUAUUGUCGCCAGCAAUAUUAUUGACCAACAAAAUAAAAUAAAUUCAGUAGUAGUACAAGAUGAUGUUUUGCAAGUGACCAUAAACAGUUCACUGGAUAAGAAAAUACAGAAUAAUAAUAAAGUAAGAGGAAAAAAUCUUGCAAAAAUUGAGGCUGGAAAUGUGGAAAGAAACUCCACAGGUAGCAACAGGAAACAACUUCUUAUAGCAGAUUUGACAACAAAUAGUAUGAAACAAACAAGUAGUCCUUCACCAUUUUCUGAAGAAACUUAUCCAACAGAGAGCAAAGCAACAGAUCUGCCUGAAUCAGCUACUUAUCCAUUGCAUCAGUUGAACCAUAUUUUACAGACGCUGGAAGAUCACAUGGGUGUUCAAACAUAUAAUUUCCAAAGUGUAAAAGAAAGCCAUUCUCAAAUGUCAGUGAGGAUGCUGAAGAAUGUAUUACAGGAUUUACAGAAAGAAUAUAAAACACAGGUGCCUUUAUCAGUUAGUGAGAGUAUGAACUCUUCAGUCAUGGAAAACAUUCUUCAAGAUUUAAAAAAACAUAAAGAGAAGUCAGAAUCCAGUGAAAAGGAAAACAAGACACAGACUCCUUUUGAAGGACAUAGUCGCAGUCUGCAAGUCUCAGAUGAAAAUAUAGAACAAUUUAAAGCAACACCUGUGCCAGAGCCUACAAGUAUCACAACAAAGGAAAACAUGAAGGAUGCCAAACUAUUUGAAUUUUUUAAAGCGCAUGAAGGUAUUCAUGACAAGAAAAAAGCAAAAGCUGCAGAUCUUAAAGGCCUUCUAAAGCAUAUCAUCAUAGCCUGUGUAGCGGUCACUGGUUUGAUAUUGGCUGUAAUAGUGUUGAUGCACAUAUUUACUUCGAUAUUUCCGAAGAACAAACACUUAUGAAGCUCUUAAUCUCCUUUCUCUUGGAUGAGGAUCUGGCUAUAGAUGUUGAUGCAUUGUGAAUCUCCCAGACUGGAUUAUAAUACAUUGCAUCUAAAGCUGAAGAUGGACAACACAACACCACAUCUUUACAUCAGGACUAAUCGUUGGGAAAAUAUAUACCGCGCUCUCCACUGGCUUUCAGUUUGCUUCUGGUGCCAGUUUAAGGUUUUACCCUCUUAAUCUUCAAGGGCCACAAUGGGUCAGGACCAGGCUACAUUAAAGAAUGACUCUCCAACCAUUACCCUCCAAGACAGCUGCACUCUUCUGGGACAAUGCAUCUAACAAAGCCUAGCCCAAAGUUUGAGAGAACUGAAAAUAAGGCACUCUCAGUGAAGGGUACCCAACUAUGGAACAACCUACCAAGCAAGUUAAGACUAUACCAAAGCCUUUUUUAGAGAGUAUGUUACAAAACCCACCUCUUUGCUGCAUUCUACCUGCCAUAAGUGAAGACAAGGAAUUACUUACACUUACAAAAGUAAAAUAAUCCCAAAAAUCAAAAGACAUGGUGAAGAAAGCUUUUGCAAAUCAGGUAGAGACAAAGCAGAACACACUAGGAUGCCAUUCAGGGCCGGAUUAACCUUUUGUGGGUCCAGCGCCAAACAUAUUUGUGGGCCCCCAUGGGGGAAAUGGAGCAUGGUGCAGGGGGGUCGGUCCCCAGAGCAAGGGGCCAGCCUGGGGCAAUGGGUCACGGCAUGACAGGGGUGGCCCUGCUCCACCCAGCCCAGUGUGAGGGCACUAUUUACAAACUGGCAGUUGCCAGAUGCACAAUGACCCGCCCGGCUCUGUGCUGCCAGCAUGCCCCUUCCCCUCGGGGGUGGGCCCAUGCCGUGCCACACAGCUUCCCUGCCCAACACCAGAACAUGCCCCCCCACCCCCGAUUCCCUAUGGCCAGAGCCCCCACCAGAUCCUGCCACAAAUGCAUAGCGCCCUGCACACCACCAUAACUGCCCAGCACCCCAUACAGAACCCCCACUCCCUAGUGCCCCAACACACAGAGAUCUUCCCUGCCCCCUCACAGCCAUGCACCCACCCUCAGGCCCUCCAGAGACCCACUCCCCUACCUCUUUGCCCCACUCACCAGCCCUGCUGGGAUGUGACUGUGUCUGCUGGGCUGAGCCACUAACGCAGCCAGGGUUGGUCCCGGGGUAGGGAAUCACUCCGGUCCCUUGCGAGUGGCGAGAUCAGCUAGACCAGGGCCUGCCCCGCCCGGGCUCCCUCAGGACCAACUUGCCUGGAGGAGCCCAGCCAAGCCCCUCCCCCCCACUCCACUGUUCCCCCCCCCCCAAUUGACCGAGACUGGCCAGUCUUCUGCACCAGUCCCAGGUGGCUCAGCUCCAAGGAGACAGGUGGUGGGAAGCAGAGACUGCCUGGAGGCAGUCCGGAGGGGCACUAGGCUCCAGCCAGGAGGCAGAGAGAAGCUGGCAGGUGGGGCCAGAGGGUGGAGAGGAGCCCUCGGCCAGCCGGCGGGCAGGCCAACAGGAGCAAAUGGUUGAGGGGGAGCCAGUGGGCUGUCAGGGUAUGAAGGCGCAGUGCAAGCAGAGCAGGCCAGGGCCCCUUCUGAGCAUGGGCCUGGCUCCAUGGAGCCACUGGCGCCAUUUAUGGACAGUGUUGUGUGACUAUAUUGCUGAGUAAAAACAACCAGGGGUACUUGUGGCACCUUAAAGACUAAAAUUUAUUUGGGCAUUUUAUAUUGCUGAGUGUAGCACUUAGACACCAAAAGUGAUACUAUUCUAGAAAUACAUAAAGGGCAGCCAACGGCAGAGGUCAGACUAAAACUCCGGUAUAUUUGGCUCUCAACCGUGUGCACACUUUUUUAAGCUACAGUUUCACUCCUUUAGGGCCUUCUGGGUCUUUUCCCAAAUCUUCUGAGAAUUGUUAAACAGAUCACUAAACACCAGCACUGUACAAGACAAAAUGAAGGUGAUCCUUGUCCUGAGGGACUUGCAACCCAAGAGAAACAAGACAGACAGGGAAUCCUGGGAUGGCCAAAGGAAAAGGAUUCGACAGACUCAACAUAUUUGUUGGUUUAGAUCAGGGGUUGGCAACCUAUGGCACGUAUGCCAAAGAUGGCACACAAGCCCAUUUUUAAUGGCACGCUGCUGCCUGCCGCAGCGUGCCAUUAAAAAUCCGGCCCGGCCCA